UAAUUAAUUCCCAUCGGACUGUUGAUAUUACAAGGGUUCUGAUGUUAUAAAUAAUAAUUUAGUUAUUAAUAAUAGGCUACUUUACAAGUUAUUAGGAUUCAUUCUUACAAUAACGCUAAUAAAACGACAUAAGCCUAUAAUUUCACUGUCGCUACACGACUCUGCCUGGGGUCGCUUUUGGAAGCUACAAGUUCAGUGAAUCGAAUGCGUUCGUUUGCUUUAACGAUUCAUGUUCAUUUAGUGGCCUAUUCUUUGUGUGUGUGUGUGUGUGUGUGUGUGUGUGUGUGUGUGUGUGUGUGUGUGUGUGUGUGUGCGCGCGUAAUGGAUAAUAAAUUAGCUAGUAAUAAGAAUCAAGAACAAGUAAUUAGGCAAUCAUUUUAAUAAGAAAGCUGCUUAAUUUCACAGUAACUACACGACUCUGUCUGACUGAUCCAGAGAUUCGAAUCAUUCGGAUUAUUUUGCUUUAAAUGAUUCGUUCAGUUUCUGAUUUUUUUUUUUCAUAUUUUCAUUCAAAAUCCACCCGACUUUAAUGAGCUCGACCACUGAAAGCGACAGACGACAAAACCGGCCACUAAAGGAAUUUAUGUAUUUAAUAUUUAGGCCUAUAUCUGUAAACGGGGCUUGCAGGGCAAGUGUCUGAGUGAGUAUCAUUCACUCCAUCCACCAGUUUAACAACACAGAGUCGACUGAAAUAACAUAUUUUCAUUAAUUAUGUAUGGUCAUCAGUAGGCUAAUUCAUCUGCACUCUUUCCCUUAAACGAACAUUUCAUUCAGUUCAUUCCCGAAUGAAAUGUCCAAUUUCAUUCAAUACCUUCACCAACCAAAUCUGAUUGGAUACGAAUCUCGUUAAAAUUUGAAACAUGAAAUGUCACUGGACUCGAUAUUUUCUCAUGCUAUAGCCUAAUACGUCUUUAAAGACACGAAAUGUAGCGCCUCAAAAACUAGUGACUAAAUAUGAGGCUUCAAUUUUUAAAAGAUUAAUUCCAUGAAAACCCCUCGUUCCAAAUGGAACACCGCUGCAAGGUUCGGAAAAAGGCUAGAAUGAAUCAAAGUCACUAUAAUGAAAUAUCUCAGGACUCACUCGAAUAUUUUCUCAUGCUAUAGUGCCCUUUAAAGGCAGAAAAUCGUUUACGCGCUUCAAAAACGAGAGCCUUAAACGAACGAAACUGUAACGAGUCGUUAACUCAAAAGAUUCAGUCCUUUCCAAACGAAACACGGCUACUGUAAAAAGCCCAAAUGAAUGAAUUAAUCUAAGAAGGCACUGUAAAAGCGUCAUUCGCUAGCACCCUGUGAUUCAGAGCGGAUGCUCGCUUGUCAGUGGGUCAUUGUGAAGUGGAUAAAGGUGGCAUCUGCGCGCGCGCGUACACACACAAAUACCCCAGCCCUCAUGACAGACACACUCGGUCUCGCUCCCUCAUGCACACACACACAUACACACACACACACAGUCACUGUAAAGGGUUUUAAUUCAGCAUGCCUGCUGCUGGAUGCUCUUAGACCGAGACGCAUCCGCCUCACCGUCGGGUUUGACUGCCUCUGAAAGGGAUUUCAAUAGCCUGUUUUAUUCAUAGCUCCUCAUGGCUUCAUCGGACGGAAUAGACAAAUGUCUUCUGCACAGAGGCAGAUCUCAAAGUGACCCGAACAUCCUCAGCGAGUCUGGCAUUGAUCUCUCGCACAGCGCAGAUGUUAUAGAGCAGCAGAAUGUGCUGCGCUCCAGCUGUUUGGUGAGUGGAGUCCACACCCCUCCCAUCCGGCGCCACAGCAAGCUGGCCACGCUGGGGCGUAUUUUCAGGCCGUGGAAAUGGAGGAAAAAGAAAAAUGAGAAGCUGAAGCAGAGCUCUACAGAUGUGGCCUUGGCCUGUGGACUUCACUCUCCAGACCCCGGCUCUCCCAUCCAGGGCAUCUCCGAUGCUGAGAUCCGGCUGCCUGGCUCUCAGGGGCCCAUUCUCAGCAUCAGUAGCAUGGAGUACCUCAGCUCAGAGCAAGACAGUCUCCCUACCAUGGUAGAUUCUGUACUGGACAAUGAGCCAACGGAAGAGCCAAAUUCAAAUGAGGAAGAGGAAGAGGAGGAGGACGAGGAGGCGGUCCCCUCUGCAAAUGAGAAUGAAGAUGUUGAGGAAGAUGAAGAAGACAGAGAGGAAGACGAGGACGAUGAACUGCAGGAACAGUCUCCUCCAAGCGGCCACGGCAAUCUCGCUUCUCAUCUAAGCACGCAGGAAGAGUCAGGUAAAGUCGUCAUCGCAUCAGUGCCUCAUUCGAACUCUUUUCUCCAAAAAGAACUGCCUAGAGGCCCUGAUGGCCCCAGUCCUGUGGUUUUAAGAGGGCCUUUUACUAACUCCGUGGGGUCGCCGCAUAUAGGUAGCAUACACCCACCAUUGCCCCCUAGCUGUAUAAUAGAAGAACUGCACCGAGCACUGGCAACAAAGCUCAGGCAGGACAGCAUUGACCGAGGGUCAAGUGGAGAUGGUGAGAGCAGAAAGGAGGCAGAGGAAAACAAGGAAAAUGUUCGACAGGACCACUGCUUCACUGACGCUUCAGGAAUUAUCUACGAUAUUGACAGCUGGAACGACUCUGUCAUUUCUGGCACAUUGCCAAGGAGGAUGAGGAAGGAGCUGCUGGCUGUGAAGCUUCGGAAUCGUCCCAGCAAACAGGAGCUGGAGGACAGGAAUAUUUUUCCUGCACGAAGCGACCAGGAGAGACAGGAGAUCCGUCAACAGAUUGAAAUGAAGCUUGCCAAGAGACUCAGUCAACGGCCGGCCGUUGAAGAGCUGGAGGGCAGAAAUAUUUUGAAACAGAGGAACGAUCAGACGGAGCAAGAGGAAAGAAGAGAGAUCAAACAGAGACUGAACAGAAAGCUCAACCAGAGGCCGACAGUAGAUGAACUAAGAGAAAGAAAGAUUCUGAUCCGCUUCAGUGACUACGUGGAGGUGGCCAAAGCCCAGGACUACGACAGGAGAGCUGACAAACCCUGGACAAGACUGUCUGCAGCUGACAAGGCGGCCAUCCGUAAAGAGCUAAACGAGUUCAAAAGCACCGAGAUGGAGGUCCAUGCUUCGAGCAAACACCUAACGAGGUUUCACAGGCCCUAAGAGGGGGUUUUCUUCUGUGAAGAAAAUGCUGAGAGCGGCGUUUGUGUUAAAAUCCUGGAGGUGCCUCUUCCAGAGCCGUGGCUUCGUCCAUGGGAUUCCCUUAUUCCUCCAGCGCCCUGGGCCGAGUGGUGUGCGGAUAGCGCUGGAGGCUGUGUCUCCACCGCGGGCGGCCACAGGAGAAACCUGAAGAACAACUGCGGAUACAUUUAACCCGAGGCUGAGAGUGGAGCGGCAGAGGACUUUUUGAUGUUUUUAUAACUGGACUGCAUUUCAGUGACUGCUAAGAAAAGACGAAUCAGUUCUGGGUAAAUGUUUGUGUUCAUGUAACCAGCUCCACUCUGAAAAAAAUAAGUAAAAAAAUAAAAAAUAAAAUAAAAAAAAAUACUUGAGGGUUAAUAAGCCUGCUAUAAAUGAAUUUCAUAUUUACUGUACAAAAGUCAGUUUGAACAGGGUUGUUCAUGUCAUCACUUGAAAAAAAA